CAGAAUGGGUGUGGACAUACAAACGUACCGUGCAAAGAUAGGAACAUUCAGACAUUCUUGUGGAGUCGAUGUGGUUACGCUUGUUCUUGUAGUCAAUUUCAGUCAUGGCCUCAAAGCUGUUGGUAGUGUUUUGUUCAUUGGACUUCUCCUUAUGAUGGCGGGCAUUGAACCAAAUCCUGGUCCUAUAGAGUCUGGAGCAACUCAAUCGACGAAAAUCAAAGUAACAGGUAUACCAAAAAGAGCAACGGCUGAAUUCCUGAUCUUGUUCUUUGGAAAUGUAAAUAGACAGGAAGGUGGUAAAGUAAAGACAGUGACAAUUGAUAAUGAUGGAAAUUCAGCUAUUGUUGAAUUCGAAGAAACAGAAGCUGUCGAUAGAGUGAUGAAACAAGUACCUGUCAAAAUGCUUAAAACUGAAGUAAACAUUGAAAUUUAUGUAGACACAAAAACUACACGGCCAACAAAGAUCAAAGUUUCCGGACUACAAGACAGCGUAACAGAUGAUGCUCUCAUAACGUUUUUCGAAAAUGAAAUACAAGGUUGCGGUACAGUAAAGAGUGUGAAGAUGUAUAGUGGCAAACACUGUGCCGUUAUGGAAUUUGAGGAAGCUGAAGCUGUUGAAUUCAUCUUACAAAACCAUACGCUUAAGAUAAACGGAACAGAAGUGAGUUUGGAAGCUAUGACCCAUGGAACAGAUGAAAUAACAGACAAGUUAAAUGCAAUCAAAGUAUCAGGCCUUCCAGAAGAGGCAAUUGAUGAAGACGUGAUUUUAAUGUAUUUUGAAAAUGAGGAAAAGUAUGGUGGUAAGGUGAAAGAAAUUUGUAUCAACGAAGACGAGUGUUCUGCAAUUAUUGAGUUUGAAGAAGAAAAUGCUGUUGAAAAUAUUUUGAAGAAUCUUCCAAUAACUGUUCUUGACACUGAAGUGCAUGUAGAAAGAUUCACCCAUGAAACAGAUGAAAUAACAGACAAGUUAAAUGCAAUCAAAGUAUCAGGCCUUCCAGAAGAGGCAAUUGAUGAAGACGUGAUUUUAAUGUAUUUUGAAAAUGAGGAAAAAUAUGGUGGAAAGGUGAAAGAAAUAUGUAUCAACGAAGACGAGUGUUCUGCAAUUAUUGAGUUUGAAGAAGAAAAUGCUGUUAACAUUAUUUUGAAGAAUCUUCCAAUAACUGUCCUUGACACUGAAGUGCACGUAGAAAGGAUCAAAGUACCGCUACACACUUCAACCAAAUUGAAACACACAAAACCUUCUGUAAACGAAUUUACGGAAACUGUGACAGAAGAAGGUCUCAAAAUGUGUUACGAAAACGAAGAAAGACGCGGAAAUGAUGCAGUAAAGGAUUUCAGCCUCAAGAAGAACAAACGAUGUGCUGUUGUCAAGUUGGAAGAUCCUGCGGAACUGAGCUCUGCCGAAUUUUGCAUAGAUGAACCAAAACAGAAAAGUGUUAAAGACCUAGUAACAGGUUUCAGCAAAGUCAUCGAGGAAAUGUCUUCAACAGAUCGUACGGUAUCCCUAAAAUAUCAGAUGGACAGAAUUCACGAGGAGAAAGGCGAUGAUCCCACACUCUCUCGUCCUAUAAUAACAGAACUUCAGAGUUUUGUUUCGGAAGAUAGUUCUCAUACAACGGGAGUAAUUCCAUUAAUUGCUGAAGCCAAUUUUCCAAGCGCUAGAUCUCGAAAACCUGAAAAACCUCCGGUUCCAGCUAAGAAACCGAGAUAUAUACCAUCCACUCCGAGAUUUAAAUCAGAUUUGGGAAAUACAGAUGGUAGACGUUAUACGCCGCAGUUCAUGAACAAGUCAGAUAUUGAACUUUCUACUUAUUCACAACAACAAGAUAUUAAAACUACACAUGAAGACAGCAAUGAUUCAGAUCCUGGAUUAGAACACGUUGAAAAUAGAACUGAUACAAUACGGACAGAAUUGACACAUAGCAAAUACAGCCAUCCACCCGUUCUAAAACAGGUUGAUUCUGUUGAAAAAUUGAACCAUCCACUGACAGAAAACACAAAGCCGUCGGAUUUACGGAAACCAACAAAAUAAGAGUUGCAGGCUUACCAGAAAACAUCAACAAAGAUGUAAUGGAAAUGUUCUUUGAACAUAAAAGUGGCAGUGAAGUGAAAGAAGUGGUCAUUGACAAAGAAAGCCAGUGCGCGAUCAUUGAGUUUCUAGAUGCUAAUGGUAUAUUAUUAUCAUAUUUAUCACUCAAUCUGAAACUUCUUUAAUCAUGAGAAUAUACAGCGUAAGCUAAGAUACAUUUUAGGAGUUGAACAUUCUUAACGUAUUCUUCUGAAAAUCUUAAAAAUAGGAAAGCCUGUUGUAUUCUCUAGGUUAAAAGGAAAUUGCAUACGACGGUUGUUCGAAAAACAACACAACCUUUCUCCGCUUUAAGUUAUCCUUUAAGUUAUAUACACGAUAGGAACACAGUUGAAGAGAUUGACUUUUUAGUUACAUUCAGUAUGAACUUCACCGGAAUUAAAUAAUGAACAGGCAAAUUCAAUGUAUUGGUAUCCAAGCCGAAUGGGUUUAUGGUGAAGAAUGGCAAAGAAAUAUAUCCGGAAAAAGUUAAGGAUGUUAUUAUUAGG